AUGAGGAAAACUGCGACCAAGGCCGUGUCAUCUGGUAGCCCAUGGUAUGGCCCAGACCGUGUCAAGUACUUGGGCCCGUUCUCCGGUGAGCCCCCAAGCUACCUCACUGGUGAAUUCCCUGAGACCUUCGCCAAGAACCGUGAACUAGAGGUGAUUCAUUGCAGAUGGGCCAUGCUUGGAGCUAUUGGGUGUGUCUUCCCCAAGGCCGUCUGGUUUAAGGCCGGAGCCCAAAUCUUCGGUGAGGAGGGACUUGACUUGGGAAACCCGGGCUUGAUUCAUGCUCAAAGCAUUUUUGCCAUUUGGGCUUGUCAAAUGAUCUUGAUGGGUGCUGUUGAGGGAUACAGAAUUGCUGGUGGGCCACUCAGUGAGGUGACCGACCCAAUGUACCCUGGCGGAAGCUUUGACCCAUUGGGCCUUGCCGAUGAUCCCGAGGCAUUUGCUGAGCUCUAG